AGUAAACAUCCCUAGUGCGCAAAACGUUCAAGCUGAUAAACAAUACCAAGUGCGGGUAGUUCGAAAAACUCGCGCGGCUAGAUGUUGAUGUCAACUUUAGCCAGUCUUCUCCGAGACCACGGGGACAACGCCGUCCACGAAAUGUCGGAGGUCGAAAUGUUCAAAUUCGGAGGAUGGAAAGCAUCGCUAAACCUCAGUGGCAUUGGUCGCCGUCGAGAGGUGUACGACAAUGGACCAGACUUGUCCACAGGAGGGGCCUACCGGUCGCAUCGAGAAGAAUUCUUUGAACACAACAGUAUAACAGAACCACCGAAAAAACUAACGCCAUCUAUGGUGAAACUUCCUCCGAGUAAAGAAACAAUAAAAACAUCAAAAAGUGCCAGCGACUUAAAAGACCCUUAUAAUCUACCUCCACAACUUAGAAAGAGUACACCAGAUGUCUCCACCGAUCCUAGAGGCGAACCAUCAGAUAACAGAGGAUCCACAGCUUUACAUAAGGACGCUAAAAAGAACGCAAAAGAUGAUAAAAAAGAUACAGAAAAAAAGAAAGCAGAAAAGCGGCGGCUAGCAGAAGAAAAGAAGAAAGCUCAGGAACAAGCAAAGCAGGAUAAAUUAAGAAUACAACGAGAAAAAAAGAUAGCUGAGCAGCAAGCGAAAAACGUUAAAGCAAGAAAAAAGGAAAGUAAAAAAGCAUUGCCGCAAGCGAGCGUUACAAAGUCCUUAGUACCUGAGGAACCGCAGAAAAAUCCUCUAGGACGGGUAGCAACUAAUACUCUAGAAAGUUCUAUCAGUCGUAGCAGUGGACCUCCGCCUUACACAGAAGAAGCUAUUCCACAAGAGAAACAAAUAAAUGAAAAUGAUUCCACUGGGAACACUAGCUUCAACAAACCAAUAGAAAAUAGUAGUUGGGACUUGAUAUCGGAACAUCGGAGUCAGAUUAACAGGAACCCUGUCGCCAGUGGAUCCAAACAGAAGCAAAUGGUGCUGGAUCUGCAGCUAAGUCUUGAUAAAGCGCAAGCAAAUGAUAGAAAUAAUAGUGAGGUUUAAUCAAUAUUAAAGAUUUUUAUGUUGU